GGCUUGGCGCUACUGACCAGUUACAAGAAGGUAAUUGGGUGUGGACAGACGGUACAAAGGCUGAUCUUACAUCAAUGUGGAACAGUAAAGAACCCAACAACCUCAAUGGGAAUGAACACUGCCUUGAAUCGCAUGGUCAUGGAAAGCUAAAUGAUAUGGAUUGUUCUACAUCGCUCUCUUUCAUUUGCAUGGAAGUUCAUGAAACAAGCCAGAAAUUUGAAACGACCCCAUCAACAACGAAAAAAAACCUAUCAACAUUUAAAACAACCCCAUCAACAACUAAAAUGACCCAAUCAACAAUUAAAAUGAUCCCAUCAACAUCUAAAAUGCCAUCAUCAACAAUUAAAAUGAUCUCAUCAACAAUUAAAAGGACUCCAUCAACAAAUGCAACAUCGACACUAACGGCAUCAGCAACUGCAGUCAUUAUAGAUGACAACGUGACAAAAGCUGAAAUGUUUUCUAAUUACACAUUCGACUCUACAUCACAAAAACCCACUGUGAUUGAUGAAAAGGAAUCUAAUGACAAAUUCAUACAACCUACAUUGGUUACAUUCACAGUCGGGUUAUCAAAACAGUUGGAUGUUCUGUUGCAUGAUGUCAUUGUUUAUAACAAAGUUGUAUCUAAUGUUGGAGACGACUAUAACAACAGUACUGGUGUUUUCAGAUGCAACAUGGCAGGUUUAUACUUUUUCCAAAUUUACGGCGUUGCUGGCGAAGGGAAAGAACUUAGUCUGUCUCUUGUUAAAAAUAAAAAGAAAGUUACUUCCCUGUACAGCAGUAGAAAUCAAGAGUUGUCUCUCGCUGCCAACUCCGCAGUGUUGCUGUUGGAGGCUGGUGAUGAGGUCUUUGUUGAAGCUUCCAACUGUGGUAGUCUGUACGGAGAGGAGCAUCACGUGAUCAACACUUUCUCUGGCUUCCUGCUGGACGCUUCCAUUGCCUAA